AUGAUGGAAAGAUGCGCCCUCUCCUGCUGCGUGGAGGACGACGAUGGCGGGCUGGUUGGGUUUGCAGCGUUCCACCAUGCUCCGCUAGUUGGAGACUUCAAGCCGUCUAUGUGGAUCGAUGACGUCAAGAGGAUGUGGAGUACAAACAUGGGAGACGGAGAGGACGUCGACUACUCGAACACGCUGGUGCUCAACUUCUUUCAUUCGGAGCACGCGCAUGAGGAACAGGCUCUCAACGAGGUGCUCAAGAUGGCAUUCAACACCUUCUCGCAGGUGGAGCAUGUCCUGCUUUUCAUCCCCGUCAGCAUCCCUCUCUUCAAACCCCUUCUGGGAAACUUCGAGCCUCUGGUGCUCCAGGCCGACGUCAAGAACAACUAUGGCUGCUACCAUGUGAACCGCAAGGAGGUGGUGGGGGAGGUGGUGGUGCGACUGGCGAUGGUGGAGGAUCACGACGACCUGAUGCCCAUCUUCAAGGCACAGAACGAGGACGCGGACGCGUACGGGGAGUUCUUCCUUGCCCAGAUGAUUCAGUCGCAGGACGAGACCAACAAGGCGCUGGUGGCUGAGCUGAACGGGAAGGCGGUGGGGAUCCUGGGAGUGACCGGCGACAUGAGCCUGGCGGCGCUGCAAGAGGCAUUCGAGCUGGAGACGUACGAUUUCCUUGUGCAGGGAUACGCCGAGGCAGCCGUCAAGCUGCACGAGGACCACGUGGCGCGGGAGAGGAUGAGGAAGGAGGAACACGAGCGGCAGGUGCAGGAGAUGUUGGCGGAGGCGAGGCGCGCGGCUCGGGAGGAGGUGGAGGAGGAGUACAGCCAGAUGAUGGACGAGCGUGCGGACAAGCAGGAGGAAGAGGAUGCUGACAAGACGCCAGAGGAGCUGGAAGCAGAGGAGAAGGAGCGAGAAGAAAUGUUCGACCAGGAGCUUGCGCAGCGGAUUGAAGCAGCAGAGGAAGAAGCUCUCAUGGAGAUCGGAGAGUUCUUGGCGCAUCCUGAGCCUUCAGUGGACUUGCAGACUCUCUCGUCCAACACUGUUUGCAUCACACUCUUCUGCCUCGACCCCAGACUUGACAGCCAGGUGCACAAACUGCUCGAGCCAGCGCUGGAUUUGUUCCCCGACAAGGAGUACUGUAUCCUCACAAAGCGUCACACGGCAAGGCAGAGCAGCUUGAUCCAUCUCUUCCAUCCCGUGCCAGAGAAGCUCGGCUGCAACUUCUCGCAUGCUCUCUACAUCUGUCAUCGGGCGUCCCUCUUGUGGCCGAUGCAGGUGAGCAGAGCAGGAGAGGGCGACGUGGAGGAGGUGAGCGACUUCCUUGAGGGAGAGCAGAGCAAGGAUCAGGUUCUUUCCUCCCUCAGGGACGCAGCGAAGCUGGAGUCUGUCUUCCUCGCUCGCCUGGAGGGCCAGCUAUCAGCCAUCGCCGUGGUCACCCCCAGCAAGGAGCCAGCUACCUUCUCCAAGUGGUUCGAGCUCGAGCAGUUCAUGAGCCCGGGGCUGUACGGCAGUGACGAGCAUCUAGAGCUCUUGCACCUCCUGGUCAACCCCAUCUUCCUCAAGCGCGUCCCCGAGAUCCUGAGAGAGCUUCUUCGCAUCACUGAGACUUUCUGCCUGCAUGCCUCCGUCCGGGACGCCAAGGCCAUGCCCCGCGCCUACGACACCCUCACCUACAUCCCCUGCCGCAGACUCGCUCCCUCCUCUCCCCCGCAGGACCUCGACCCUGCCAAGACUGCACUGGAGCCGAACUUGCCGAUGCCCGAGGGCCCCCCGGCCCUUCUGCACACCAACUUCCGACUCCUCAGCCAGCCCAAGAAAGACCUCGACGACCGCAUCGUCAUCAUCGGAGGCUCCGAGACUUCCGUCGGGUUCGCCGACGCCAUCAUGAGCGUCCCCUACCUCAACCUCCACCGCGUCUCCUACGUCUCCUCCGGCGGCCUCUCCCUCCGGCCUCCACUGUACAAGAGGAGGAGCCUGAGCCUUUCUGACCCGGAGUACCGGCAGCAUGCGGUCAGCAGAGGAUGCAGGGUGGUGGAGGGGAACAUCGCUCAGCUGGACAGGGAGGAGCAGGUGGUGAGCGUAAGGAUGGACAACGGGGAGACUGUGGAGAUGAAGUAUGAUCACCUCGUCCUAGCAGCUGGGUUCCGUGAUACCAUCAUGGACAGACUGCAGCUCUGGGACGUCGAUGGAGUCUUCUCACCCUUCAACCUCUACCAGGAGGAUGCACUCCAUGCAUGGCUGAAGAAUCAGCCGAACCUUCAGAAUCUCAACGUCGUCAUCUUCGGCUCCUCCCUCGACGUGUUUGUGAGCGCGCGGAGGCUGCAGGAGGAGGGAGUUGCCGGCAGCAUCACCAUCGCCUGUCCCCACAAGAAGUUGAGGCCGACGGGAGACGAGCGGGUGGACGAGCUUGUGGUGGAAGCGGCGAAGAGGAGCGGAGUCCAGCUCAAGACCGGCUGCGACAUUCGAGAGGUGGAGCAACGAGCUCAGCGAGUGACGGGAGUUGUCACAAAAGAGGAGGAGAGUCUGCCAUGCUCCCUCCUCAUUCUUCUCGGUGAGCGGGGGGUGGACAAGGAUUUGUUCUCAGCCAUCAACGAUCAAUCUCUCGUCUUCGAUGGCAGGCUUGUGGUCGACAUUUCAUUCAAGACGAACGACCCCAAGAUCAUCGCAGGAGGAGAGAUGGUGAAGUUUGCUCGCAGAUUUCAGCUCGAGGUCGAUCCCGACGCCAUCGCGCAGGAGCGCAAAGGUUCAGAGAAAGUCGCUCCCUUCACCCGCGCGUGCUCGGAGGCAGCUUUCCUUCCUGGAGGGCUGCACUACUGCCGCUUCUGGAGCUCUCCUGCGCUCUUUCCAUUGGGAUACAGUGAAGACAUGAUCUCCCGCGACGUGGUUACGGAGGUUCAGGAGCCGCAGCUCUCGUAUGCUCGGGUCGAGGUGGACAAGUACGGGAGGAUGAGCUCGCUCACCAUGUUGAGCGCGGAGGAGACGCCGCAGGCCUGGAGGUUCGCGGGGCUGGUGGGCCAGUCAGUGAGCUACCUCAACGAGCUCGUCGACCGCUGCGACGUGGGGCUGGUGAAGGACAUGCGAAAGUUUCUGCUGGAGGACUGGGCACAUGCCCUUUUUCACGAUCGCUUCCUUUCGUUGCGACAGCAGCUGGAGACUGCGGCAGAGAAUUCGGAACACAUGACAGCGCUGAUCGAGACGCUCUGGCGGCGAGUGAAGAAUGGAGACAUGUCUGCCAGUGAGGUCGGGUUGACAGACACAGCUCUGACAGGGGACACGAAGACAGUCGUGCAGGAUGGUCUCAACAAUUUCUUGGAGCUCAACAGCAAUCAUCUCAACAUCUACCUGACUGCAGCUCGAAGUUACGACAUUCAGUCCAACAACAUCUGGGCCCAGACAGCAGAAAAGGUCGGCCUCGUGGUCGGUGACGUUCCCGACAUGAGCAACUCACUGUGA